GAACGCCUGGUGGGGUAGUGUUUCUUGAAUCCCGCGGCCAUGGUGGACGUUUUCAGAAAGAGCUGUUUGGCCAAUUCUGCCAGCAGCGUCAGCACGGCGGAACCUGAUGAGAACAAUCGGCUCAAGUGGCCACCGCUGGGGAUUUGUGAGAGCUGGAUGAGGGACUUUGACUCCUUCAAUCUGUUGAGCUUCAGCCUCCUGGACUUGGAACGCUUUGAGUUCGAUCAUGUUCUUCGUCCCAGCUCCGCGCUUUGGAAGGCCCAGAUCGAAGUGCACUUGGACCGCCGUGUGGGUUCGAAGGUGGUGGCAAAACGCUUUUUCAGGGCAUACCUGAAAGACAGCCCCGUGGACUUCCGAAAGGCCAAAUCUGGAGGAAGUGAAGGCCCCUGGAGCGAACUUUUUCUAGCCCUCAAGCUGGGGAAACACCUCCCAGGUCCAGGGGUGCUUCCCUGCCAUGGGAUUUUCAUCCAUCCAUCGGGCGAUGUGAUGGUCAUGAUGGAAUAUGCAACCUGCGGCGAUCUCUUUGACUUGGCCGGCUGCUUGGGAGAGCCGGGUCCCCCACGAGAAGUCCUCGCGGUGCAGCUCCUGCGUUCGCUGCUCCGUGCCGUGCGCUUCCUGCACCACGAGGUGGGCAUCGCCCACGGCGACAUCAGCCUGGAGAACGUCCUUCUGCGCGACCGUCCGGACUCGACUGGAGGCCCCGACGUGGCGCUGUUGGACUUCGCGCGGGCCGUCUGUCACGGUGCGUCGGCCCGAGCCGAAGUGCGGCGCCACAUCGGCGCUGGAGACAUGUACCGCCCACCGGAGGGUUGGUGCGUUGAUGCCCGACGUGCCGACUUGUUUGCUUGCGGAGUGGUGGGCUAUGUGUUGGCCAUUGGGACCUACCCCUGGCAGAGCACCCGAGGCUGCAAGGCCUUCGAGUACGUCAAGAAGAAUGGCUUGGCCCGCUUCUUCCAGAAGCGCACGGUCCCGGUUGGUUCAGCUCAGGUGCCCGUGGCCGAGCUACUGUCGCCACGCCUUCAAGCAGCGCUCAUGGCACUCCUUGAUGUGGACUCCUUCCACUGCUCCGAGCUCUGCGAAAUGCUUCUGGAUGGACUCUUGAUGGAGCAGAGGGCCCAGCCCUUGGAGACGGAGCCGGCGACGCCUUUGUCUCGAUGCUUUGGUGGGGUGUUUUUCGUUGUCAAGUGCUUGGUGAGAUGACCCAUGGAGGGUUUGGAAUGGUCAAACGACGAAUUCAAGAAAUGGAGUUGGUCCGAUACGACAGCAGUUCGGAGGAGUUUUUUGUUGACCAAGAUCGGUUUGGCCAUUUCCUGUGGUUUUUCAGGAUUUUCGAGAGGAGUAGAUCGACCGGCAGGAAGAAGCAGGCGGCAACCCAAGAAACUUGGGAUUUUCGGGGAGGUUGGCAUGACCCUCUGGGUGCCAACUAUCUUGAGCCAGCUUGCCUCCUGAAAAGGUUCAAUUGUAGGGCACGCUGCAGUUAAGCCAUUAAGGCCAAGCGGCCGUGUGUCUAGCCCCAAUCUUGUGAUUUCAAUAUUUAUAUAUACUGUAUUUCAAUCGCGACGGGCCACACCCAAAUGAGAGCUCUUACGAUAGUUUCUUGAAUUCUGGAGUCAUCAUAUGAAUUCGUGGCGUGUGUCCAAGGCCAAAAAGUUUUGCACGACACCUCAAGCAACUGAAGUUUGGGUGGGGUCCGACUUCAUGACCGCCUGAUCCAGGUCAGGCUGCCGGCGCCCCCGGCCUGGUUUUUUCCAAGCAGAAGAGUUUUUGAACAUGCACCUGGAUGGUGAAGAGGAAGACUCCAUUGGCAGAUAUCCCAGGAGAAUUGAAGUCUUCAUGUUGUGGGCUUGUGAAAGGUCUUGGGUUUUCUGCUGUUCGCGGCGAUUGCGAGACUGGCCGCUCCAA